GCCUCCUGCACGGGAAUCCAUCUGCCCCUGGAUCUUGGCCGGUCCAAAUUGAAUUGAAAACAUACAACCAAUUCACUGAGCUAGCUCAUACACAUGCUCUCCAAAUCCCGCUACUUGCUAGGGAGGAUUGGCGAGUGCACGCUCAGCUGUUUGUUCCGUUAGCUUACAGGUCGCCCUAUUCUUUUACAGUAGUAUUUCCUGUUGUAUUGCUGUAAACUAGGCGCUAUGCAGCUGCAGCGGAGCGCUCACCCUUCGGUGGCUGGGUCGUGGACGCGCAGUUCUCAGCGCUGCGUUCGGCGCCUGGGCCUGGCCGGGGGCAGCCUUCCGAAGCCACUGAUUCACAACGCAAAGAACAACAGUGCCGUUCGCAGUGGGCGAUCUGUGCGCCUGUCUGUCUUUGCAUUUCGCGAUGCCGAGCAAACCUCGGCCAACCCGCGUGGCUCCAUGAACUCGGCGGAGCACGUCUCUGUUGCCGUGGACUAUUACCGAAUGCUGCACGUUCCCCGCGUAAGCCGCCCUGACGCCAUUCGCAAGGCGUAUGAGAACCUGGUGAAGCAACCCCCCGCUGCCGCGUACUCUGCGGACACCCUCUUCGCACGCGCGGUGCUACUCAAGGCAGCCGCGGAGUCGCUGACCGACCCGGACCUGCGCCGCUCAUAUGACGCCAAGCUGGCCGCUGGUCACACAGCCCUGCGCGUCAGCCAGCAGGACCUACCCGGAGCCCUUGUCGUGCUGCAGGAGAUCGGCGAGCACCAGUUGGUUCUGGAUCUGGGUCUGCGCUGGCUAGAGGUAAACGGCGGCCAGCCCGACGCCGGCGACGUGGCCGCUGCCGUGGCCCUGGCCUACUGUGACCGCGCUGGUGAGCGCCUCACCUCCCAGCUGCAGCCGCCGCCGGCCUCAGCGCUGCCAGGCCCCGAUGGCGCGGCGGUGCCGCACGCGCACGUGGGCGCGGUGCUGCCCGCAUGCGACGACCUGGACGCAGCGCUGAGCAAGCUCCGGCGGUACGGCAUGGCGCAGCAGCUGCAGCAGCAGAUCGUGGGCGCGCUGCGGGACCUGGCGCCAGAGUACGCGUGCGAGCUGGCCGCCCUGCCGCUGGGCGCCGAGACCGCCGCCCGGCGCGCCAAGGGCGUGGCGCUCAUGCGCGGUGUGCUGCGCGCCGCCGCCACCGUGGCCGCCGCCACAGCCAAGCCCGAGGCUGCUGCUGACGACAGCGACGACGACGAGGUGGACCCGCGCAGUGUGCUGGCGGCCGCCCGCCGCAUGCUGACCCGCAGCCGCGACGUGCUCACCUGCAGCGAGCAGGUGGCCCUGCUGCCGGACGCGCUGCGCGGCAGCGGUGUGUCGCCCACCCCGGACGCGCUGUACGACGGCGCCCUGGCGCACCUGGUGGACGGCUUCCGCAACGGCUGGCCGCACUCCGUGCACCAGGCCGACCAGCUGCUGGCCAAGCUGGAGGCGCAGCAGGCCCGCGCAGCCGCCAUGCGCCGCGAGCAGUCCGAGCUGGCCGCCGCCGCCGCAGCCCGCCGUGCCAUGUACAGCGGUCCCGCCGCCGCCCACGGUCCCACCCUGUACACCAACUACAACAACCCUGCCGGCAGCGGCAAUGGCGCGCCGCCGCCGCCGCCCCGCCCCAUGCCCAUGGUGCCCAGGGGCGACGGCCAGCACGCCAUGGCGGCGUCUGUGGCGGCGCAUGUGCACUCCACGGCGAUGGCGGAGCACGCGGCGCGCAGCGCGGCUGGCGGCGCCGCCGGCGCCUCCGAUGGCGGCGCGCACGCCAACGGCGUGGCUCUAGAGCGGGCCGUGUGCGCCGUCCUGCUGGGUGACUACACCGCGGCGGUGGAGCGGCUGGGGCUAGACACGAACGCGGCGGUGGAGCAGGAGCAGCUGCGCGAGUUCGUCCUGGCCCACUCGCCCAACGGCCGCGGCGACCUGCGCCCGGGCCUGAGGGCGCUGGCCACCCGCUGGCUGGAGGGCGUGGCGCUGGCGUCCUUCCGCGACACUGCCGGCAGCCCCGUGCCGCCGCUGGAGGCCAGCUGGUUCGCGGACCUGCGUGUCGCCUUCUAUCUGCAGGUAUGGCGGCUGUGCCGCGUGGAGCAGGUGCUGGCCGCCGCCCACUUCCUGGCCAACCUGCUGCCCAACAUGCUCAAGGCCAUCGCCGGCACUGCCGUCAAGGUCGCAGCCAACACCGCCGUGGCAGCCUCCCGCGCGCAGCGCCUCAGCGCCACCGUCGCGGCCAGCACCGCCACCGCCUCGUCAUCUUCCUCUGCCGCCCGCGGCGCUCGUGCCGGUGCCCUGAGCGCUGCCACCGCCGCCGCACACGCCGCGCGCCGCCAGCAGGCGAACGCGGUCGGUGCCAGCAUCGUCGGUGCUGACGUGCUGCCCCCCACAGCAGUGGCCGCGGCUGCCGCGGCUGGCACAGCGGCCGCCGCCGCAGUCACCGGCCCCGCCCUCGGCCGUGGCGCUGCAGCUUCCGCCUCUUCCUUUGAGGAGGGCGCCGCUGAGGCCGCUGACCUGCGUCGUCGCUUUGUCGCCACCAGCCGCGGCGCCAGCGCGGCCGUCGGUGCGCCCACAGCACCAGCCGCUAUGACUGGGCCCCAGCACGGCGCCGCCUCUGCUGCGCAGUCGCACCGGGAGGAGGAUGAGGAUUCGCACGGCGGCCAGGAGGGGGGCGUGCCGCGGCGCAUGAGCGAGGCGGACCUGCGUGCGCACCUGGCGGGCCUGGAGAAGGCCAUGUGGGACUCGGAGCUGCCGCCGCCGCCGCCAUCCCGCGCGCAGAAGGCGCUCACCUACGCCGCAGGACUGCUGGCCGUGGUGGUGGCCUUCCUGGUGUCCAGCUUCUUCCGCCGCAACGACGGCGCCGCCUCCGCCCUGGCACCCGCCGCCGUCACCACCGCCUCCGUGGCCGUUAGCGCGCAGCCCGCCAAGCCGGGCAAGGCCACCCGCUCCGCGCACUGAGCGCCGGGCUUUCCGCUGGGGCUAGCAGGUUCAGUGAGCUCGUGGGAACUUGAGGAAUGCGGUGAUGCUAGAAAGAGGAAAGCAGGAGUUGGUUUUCGCCCACGGUUUUCGCCGGUCGGAGGCAAUGCUGUACUUGGGGAGGGCAGGCAGCCAAGGCUUUAAAGGGAAUCAAUCUGGUCAGUGCAGGCAGGCCAAGUGCCAAGGAGUGAUGCAACGACAAAGCGUAGGGUAGCUACUUUUGCAUUGGGGCAGGAUGUGCCUCCCGCCGGCGCACCUUGCCGCGCUUGCGCUGUCCAUCAGCAAUGACUGUGUUAAGGUAUGUGGGCGGCGGUGCUUGUACAUAUGUGGCAGCGUCAAGGGAGGCUGGGAUGCUGAACGGGCACUUCGGUAAUGUAUGGCAGUUUGUCAAAUCGUGGGUGCAGUUAUAAAGUCCAGCCCC